UGAAGGUGUUCAGCUCGAUGAAGGUAAGUUGUUUUGUGUUUGCGGUCACCAUGAUGUUUAAUUUAGUCUCUUAGGCGUAAGACAGUUAAUUUAGUAAAUCACACCUGAUACAUAAUCAUUCAUCUCUGUAGCGAUCACCUUUAAAUGUAUGUGUGGUCAGGAAAGUAUAUUCUUGCUUUACUGUUAUGCUUCUGUUGAUAUAACCGUAUACUGAACAUUCUAGUCGGUGGAAACAAGUAUCUUCAGACACUAGUUCUAUCUUAAAAACAGUAGGUCAAUCACAACCAACAUAAGGUAGAACGUAACUUUUCUAUUUCGUUUAUUUCAUAGGGUUAGAAAAAAUACUGAGAAAUGUUUACUUUCCAGUCUGUUUUUAGACUAGUUUUACUUCAUUUGCACUAUGAAAUCUUUGUUACUUUGGGAAAAGUUUAGGGCAAACAGAUAUUGUCAUAAAGAUUUAUGUUCCUUUGUUAGAUCGACUUUAAAGUUGUUAAAUGCAAACUGUGGAACUCUAGUGUCGUUAUGUUCAUUAAUUGAGGUUGUUUGUUAAGUUCUCUCUCAUUUCAUGUGAUCAAAAGAUGUAUUUUAGGGCCACCCAUUCUUUUUCUUGGAUUGGUGCUUCUAUUUAUAGGGUAUCGGUUAGUUACACUAAAUAUUUUUCGUUACACGUAUCUUUCUUUUUGUUUCCCAUGAGUUUUCUAGUAAACACUAAUCUAAUCCAGCCUUUUGCAUGAAAAUUAGGUAUUGAAUUAGUUCUGCAAGCACUCAAUUUUUAACCAUUGGGUCUCAGGUCUGCGCACCUUUUCAGGAAGUCACUUGGUCACCAGUUAUAGCACACAAAAUUUGACGCGAAACUGAGUACAAAAGACUAUUUGGUUAGUAAGUCAGAAAAACGUCAUGUAAAACUGAAGACUUGCAAAUGGUUUCAGAUUUGCGUAUCUGACGCUAAAAUGGUACUUACCUAGAGUAAUCGAGAACCCUGAUUCCAACAAAUGGUAUGCUUGACUUUCAGAAUCCUGGGGAAACUAGUUGUAUGUGAACACAUUAUAGACACUGGCUAUCAUGGGGGGUUCACAUUCUGACAUUAAUCUAUUGGUUUGUGGAAUAAAUCCCCUGAAAACAGCGUGCGUUGGUCUGGUCAUCUGGACCAUAUUCUCCGUGUGAUCAUAAUAAAUACUAGUGGAGUAAACGAAUAUUAUCAUUAACUCAACCUAUACACUAACACUCACAGGUUUUGAGGGACAUCCAUACGUAAGAUUUAGUGGUUGUAUUUUUAUAGGAGUGCAGAUGAACUGUUCCGUAACUGCUUAAAAAGUGUCUUAUUUAUAUUGUUUAUUGACAAAGUGCUGUAGUGUGAAGGAUUCUAAAUCAAGUUCACUGUGUUCACCUUCGAAGUGGGAAUGAAGUUGGUAUUUUUCUGCUUUAUUACAUAUUUUCUACUAGAAUCAUGGUACAGCAUAACACCAGAAGCUAUUGCUUGUCACCAGGCGAAAACGUGCUCAUGUGAUUUACUCGUAGAUGCUUUUGCAGGUGUUGGAGGAAAUACUAUACAGUUUGCGCGCACUUGUCGACUUGUUUUAGCCAUUGAAAACUGUUUCCCACGAUUAUUAAUGCUCCAAAUUAAUGCACAGAUAUAUGGUGUUUUGUCAAACAUUAUGCUUGUUUGUGGAGAUGUUGAAAAAAUUUUAAGUAGUUUAAGAAUUGUUCUAUUUUCGUCUACCAGUUCUACGAUUGAUGAUGAUACAAACGUGCAAAUUUCAGAAAAUCAAUAUGGAAGUGAUAAUUUAGAAGCAAUUUCUAUAUGUUCACCUGAAAAGAACCAAAGUACAUUAUUAUCUGGAAAUAAUGAACAAUCUGUAGAUUUUUUGUCUGAAACAUCGAUUAAUAUAGAAGAUAAUAUUUCGAAAUCAAACUUUAAUUCAUCUGAACGUCAUAGUUCAUCGCCAUCAUUUUUAUUAGCUAAUACAGAGACCACAUUUGAAGUGAACCCAGAGUUAAAUGGAAAUGGAACUUUAGAGAAGCCAUCUAAUUCUACAUUUAAUUCACUCAUCGAUAUCAUAUUCAUGUCACCACCUUGGGGUGGUCCUGAUUACAUUGGGAAAGUUUUUCCACCUGGCUCAACUAGUUGGAAUCAACGUAAACGGAGACAUUGGUUAUAUGAUUUGAAAGAAAUGGAACCUAUUAAAAAUCUUGAAGACAUUCCCUUUCUUAAUAAAGCAUUAAAUAUUUCAAGACAUGUUUGUAACAAAAUUCUAAUAUAUUUACCAAGAAAUUCGUCUAUUGGUCAGUUGAUUCAAAUGAGUUGGCCACUAGGGAAUUGUGAAUAUAUUGCUGAUUGUUGUUCUUGUAAACAAUAUCUUAAUGUACAUAUUGAAACGUAUUGUUUACGUGGUAGACAAUUAGCUCUUGGUUUAUAUUUGGGAAGUUUUCCGUGUUUUGAGGAGAAUAUUAUAGUGUAAAAUAAACUUAUUUG